AUCGUACUUUAUUCACACGCAAACUCUUUCUACGCGGUUAAGUUUAUCCAUCGGCUCUGCUCGUCCGUGUACCGGAAGUACAGUAUGUUGUGUUUGUCUGAGUAGUUCUUCUGUUUGUUUUUCUUCGGCUUGGGUUUUCACUUUUUGUUGGCGCGUUCAGUGCGCCGAAAUGCCGAAACAUUUGCACAAACAGUGCCUAAAAGUUUCGAAAACAACUUUUUACGGGAGAUAUUUCGCGCACCUGUUGUAAAGUUCCCAUCAGAACCCAGUGGUCUCCUCAUGUACAUCGCAAGGCAGAGCUGACACCAUGGCCCACAUAUCCAGUGGCAAUGGGUUUAAGUUUGACAGGCCAGCCUCUCCGGGGGUGGUCCGGCCAAAAGGAAUUGUGGGGAAGGAAGAGGCUUUACGCAUGGAGGUAGAGGCCUUCGAUAAAAUUAAGCGCGAGAAAAGGCACACACUCCCAGUCACAGCCUCUUCUGUUAAUCCCCUUCCCAAUCCAACAGCGCAAACAUCCAGCAGCCGGCCAGAGAAAGACCUUAUUGUAUUCUGCGAAUCAGAAACACAGAAGAAGGAGCAAAAAGACAACUUUGAGGACAUCGAUUUGGAGAACCUGACAAAGGAGGAGCUGGAAAAGCUGCUUCUGGAUGACAGUUUUGGUGCAAACAAAAUGACAAGACCUUCCUCUUUGCUAGGUUGCAAUCUCAGCGCAUCAUAUCCUGGCGGACAUGCCUUCAACCCCUCUUCGUUCCACUGGACACCCACUCCAACGCAUGCACAGACUCCCAUCUUCCCCUCUGCUCCAUUCGCCAAGCCUCCUUGCUCUUUCCAGAAUGGCUUUAGUCCAGCAAUGUCUCCAUUUAUUCCACCGACCCCCUUUCUCUCCUUUACUCCCAUCCAACCACCUGCUGCUCUGGUCUACUCGCAGCCUGCCGUCACCCCAGAGAUGGCCAAGCUGUUUGACAAGAUUGCCAGCACUUCGGAAUACUUGAAGAACGGCAGGUCCUCUAGCAUGGAAACCGAAUCGGCAAGUGUCAAGUCUCUGGAGCCCCUACCUCUGCCCUCAGAACCUCCUAACAUCAGCCGAUUUGAAUGGCUGGACUUGGACCCUCUCAACAAGCGCAAGGAGGUGGAGGUCGAGGAGACACCUGCUGUUUCAAGCUGUCCUUUUAUUGAGGAGUCUGGGAAAGCUAAAGACCCGUGGGAUGCGGUUCUUCAGGAUGAGCAUGAAACUGUAGAUAAUGGCAGUCCCACCGCAGAGGAAAAGAGCAAGGCAACUCAACCCAGAAGAGCAUCCACAGGGGCGGCUGUAACAAAAAGCCAAUCCCUCAGUAUAUCUGCAAACUCAACGAAUCAAAGCACAGGCAAACAGGUCAAUAAGGGAAGCACAAAUGUACUGUCCAAGUACUCUGCCUUACAGGAGAAGGAAGCCCAGAAUCUAGAAGUUGUAGCAUUCUGUGAAGACAUUUCAAAACUGAGGUCAAAGUUCCCACACGAUGACCUGUCUACCAACCCUGGCUAUGUUCUCAGCCCUGUGAUCACGCAGAGGGAUGCAGGAGGGGACAAUGGGGGCAGUGUGAAAGUGUCCAUUGAGAUUUCUGAUUCUCAACAGCCUGUAACGUUUACUUGCGAUGUGACUUCUCCAGUGGACUUGCUCAUAAUGCAGGCUUUGUGUUGGGUUCAUGAUGACCUGAACCAGGUGGACAUCAAUAGCUACGUUCUCAAGGUCUGCGGACAGGAGGAGGUCCUUCAGAAUAAACACAGUCUAGGCAGUCAUGAGUACGUGCAGAACUGCAGGAAGUGGGAAUCAGAGAUCAAACUACAGCUCCUGUUUCUUAGCACAAUGAGAAGAGAUCUGGCCCGAACUGCAGAAGAUGACAUCUCGCCCAUUGAUUUGGAGAAAUACCUUGGUCUAGUGGAGAGGCCAUUUAAAGAGGCAGUCACAAGAGAAGGCCUUGCUGAAUAUCUAGAAGGCUUUCAUAAGCAAGUCAAUCUCUGCCUUCAGAAUGAGAACAACCAAUAUAAAACAGUGGACAAUGUGGUUCAGUCUGUUAAGAAUCUGUGCUGUGCUCUGGAUGAAGUUGAGACACCAGCCAUCACUGAUGCCGUCAAGAGGCUCAAGCGCUCUGUCAACCUUCCUAGAACACGCUCACCAGAGCACUAUGCUGAAUUGCAGGCUGGUGCCACAUCUUCCGGAGGUUCAGCUAAUGGUUACUCUAGCCCUGUAGAGGAGAGUUUAGCAGUGCUCACAGAUGCUGUCUAUGAACUCGCCAAGCUCUACCUUCAGUCUUUCUGCCCGAUUAGCCCUGGUUUCAUGAUAGAAGAGCACAAAGAAGAUGAGAGGGACAGCAAAGAGGCCUCGGGCACCACUGAACACUUACAGUUCACACUGUUUGCCGUUCAUGGCAUUCCUGCUACCUGGGUCAGCAGUUUUGAAAAAUACUACCUGAUGUGUGCCCUGACCCAUAACAACAGGAAUCUCUUCAAACCUGUCCAGUCCAAAAAAGUGGGAACAUACAAGAGUUUCUUCUACCACAUCAAAUGGGAUGAAUUAAUAAACUUCCCUAUUUCAGUGUCGCUGUUACCACUGGAGGCUAUGCUUAGUCUUUCUCUCUAUGGGGUCCUCAGUCAGAAUGCAAACAACUCACCAGAUUCCAACAAGCAACGGAAAGGUCCAGAACUUUUGGGAAAAGUUUCCAUGCCUCUGUUUGACUUCAGGAGGGUUCUGUCCAGAGGCAGUAAACUGCUGAGUUUGUGGACUUCUCCUCAAGCCCUUCAGCCUGGAGCUGCAGGCAAAGGGAGGAAUCCUACAGAAAAGAUCAUACUGCAGGUUGACUUCCCCAGUCCAGCGGUGGACGUGCUCUAUGUUGGUCCUCAGGAGAACGGCUGCCCCAAUCCUCAGUCUCUAGACCCACUUGAUCAAGACGAUCGAAGUGAGAUAGAAAAGCUGUGCGCACGAGCAUCUACUUUCGGACUGUCACGGGCGGACAGACAGCUGCUUUGGGACCAGAGGUACUAUUGUCGGGAAUAUGAAUACAGUUUGCCGAAAAUCCUGGCCAGCGCUCCCAGCUGGGACUGGGGCAGUAUGGGGGAAAUCCACGCACUUCUGCACCACUGGCCUGCUCUGUCACCCGUUUCAGCUCUUGAGCUCCUUGAAUCCAAGUUUGCCGACACAGAGGUGAGGAAAGUGGCUGUGAGCUGGAUCCAGAGCAGCAGUGAUGAUGAGCUGGCUGAUUAUCUCCCCCAGCUAGUGCAGGCAGUGAAGUUCGAGUGUCACCUUAACAAUGCCUUGGUGAAGUUUCUGCUGUCUCGAGCUCUGGGAAAUGUCAACAUUGCACAUUAUCUUUACUGGCUGCUGAGGGAUGCAGUGCAGGACCCGGCGUUUGGUCAGCGUUAUGAGCGGAUCCUCUGUGUGCUGCUGUGUCUGUGUGGGACCGGACUGAGGGCUGAGCUGGAGAAGCAGACCCGACUUGUGCAGCUGCUUGGAGCUCUGGCUGAAAAGGUUCGGCAGGCGAGCAGCUCAACCCGACAGGUGGUUCUCCUCGAGGGUCUAGAGAGGGUUCAGUCUUUCUUCCAGAAGAACAGCUGUCGACUCCCUAUUAGCCCCAGUCUGGUGGCAAAAGAGCUCAAUAUCAAGGUCUGCUCCUUUUUCAAUUCCAACGCUGUACCUCUAAAGAUCGCACUGGUUAACGCAGAUCCGCUGGGAGAUGAGAUUAACGUCAUGUUUAAGGUUGGAGAAGACCUGCGGCAGGACAUGUUGGCACUACAGAUGAUUCGGAUUAUGGAUCGGAUCUGGCUUCAGGAAGGACUCGACCUGCGUAUUGUUAACUUUAAAUGCAUCUCUACUGGGAAAGAUAAAGGUAUGUUCCACUCUACCAAAUUUACAUUUGACAACUAGGAUACAUUCAUUCAUUCAUUUUCUUUUCGGCUUAG